AUGAAGAAUCCAUCCCGAUGCAUUUUUUUGGCGUUGGUCUUCACUCGCUGCAAAGGAACCUUGGAUCGAUUUCCAUUUGACUGGACCAUCGGCGCCGGCGAUGUGUUAUUGCCGAAUCCUGGCGUGGAGAAUCAACGACAAAGCUGGGAUGCGUUGGGCUCCUUUUCUGGUAAUCCUGACUAUCUUUCGAGUUUACCACUUGCGAUUUCCCGUGUAGAGCCGGUAAAUACGGCAGGAGGGGUCCCAGUCACGAUGACUGAUAGUCGCGUAAGCAAUCCUCACUUGGAAAAUACCUACGAGACUCGAGAGCGCCCUACAACCCACGCAAAUGGUCCAUUGGCCGAUCCUGAAUACAACAAUGACAUUUCAAUCCAGCAAUUUCCUGUGGGCUUAGCACCGCCAAGCACUCAUAUGAUGAGAAGUCCUAUCAGUAUCAGCAGUUUUCCUGGAAAUUUACAUUAUACCUACGCAUCCCAAGAGCUCUCCAAAACCUCAACAGGAGGAGAUCUUACGACAAGAGGCCAAGUAAACGACCAAGAUACCCUUCCAAAAGACCCUUACGAAGCUCAAGAGCCCGCGAUUCCUUUCACGCCCAUGUUCAGCUGGCACGGGUUAUCAAUUCCCGAUAUACCAAUUGAAGUCUAUGAAAAGCGUUUCAUAAACGAGUUGCGUUCAAAGCGGGCGAGAGACCUGGUCGUCCACUCAACAUCAGGGUUACUUCCCGGUAACAAGAGACAGGCAAAAUUUGAGGGAUAUUUUAAAGGAAAGCACGCCAUGUAUCGACAAGACAUUACAUCGGAUUGGUUCAAUGCACCAAACAUGAUAACCACCAUCUUCCCCAAACCUGGAAAUGUCGACGUUACAGUUGAUAAACAUCAGCUUUUCGAGUCAGCCUUCAAGAUUUUCGAAUUACGUGCCCCUCAGAUACCCAAUGCAGCCAGAACGAAGUACCCCUCCUUCAUUUGGGAAUGCGUUGACCAUUGGCUUUGCGCUCUUUUUUCUCAUUCGGUUACAACUUUGAGUGAAAAAGCUGCUGGUAAAAAGGUCUUGAUGGAGUGA